AUGACUUACCUCAAGGACAGCUAUCAGCGGUUCCUGGCGAACCCCAGGACCGCGCCGUUGGCCGCCAAUGCCUCGCUGAUCUAUGUCCCCACUACCACCAAAAUCGAGGGCGCCGACGCAAUCGCAACCCAUACGACACGACAGGCAAGGAUUGUCAAGAAGAACUCCGAGCGCAUUAUCAAUGCCAUUGAGAGCUCUGAUGCGUUGUGCUUGGAUAUGGAGACCACCCUGGAGUUUGUCGAGGGUGGUGGCGCGUAUCUCCCCUCGCUCGAUGAUAAUUUCCUGGCCGACCGCGUCGUGACUUUCCCCACGGUCCACAUCGUCCACUUCAAUGCCGAACAAGAAAUCCAACAAGUCCGCAUCUAUUGGGACCAGGGCUCGCUACUGAAGGAGGUGGAGGUGAUUGGCGCGCGCGGCCGUUCCUGGCCAAUUCGCCCAGCACAAGAGCAGAUUCGUCAGUUGAAGUCGGCCAUUGAACUGAAGUCCGCUGCGCCUGUCCUCAAGCCAUCCUCCGAAGGGAACAAUGACUUGCCCCCUCGACCUGCGUCCCCAGGCAAGCGACACAUCAAGGACCCUUACGCUGCGGACUCGCUGUUCGAUCUGCUCUCUCCCCAGAAGGGCGACGACGCGAGAGAGCAGAAUGAUGCCCCUAGACCUUCAUCCCCCGGCAAGCGACACACUCGCGAUCCCUAUGCCGCUGCCUCCUUGACAGAGCUGCUGUCGCCUAGCAAGGACGACUCUGCUCCUCCUCGCCCAUACGCACGUUCAUCUGCCCAGCCUGCGCCCCGCCAGUAUGGCGAGCUAUUCAUCGGAGACGAUGACGGCAUGCCCAGCACACCCUCCAAAGCUCAGAAAGUGAUCGCGCCCAAGGCUGGAUCCAAAUUCCAGGGCAACCGCAUUUUUGAAGACGACGAGCCCACAGACGAGCGCGCCCCGUACAAGACCAACCCUCUGAAGUUCAACCACUUUGAGAUUGGCGCCAACAACGCCGACCGGGAGGUCAAGGAGGAGCCGCAGCGCAAAUCGCGUAACCAGUCGCAGUGGGAUUUUGGCGAUUUCGCCACUCCAGUGAAGAACACUGAGGAGGCCCGUGGAUUCGGAUAUAGCGAUGACGACGCGGAGGCCGAGUCUCCCCCUGCUCGUCCCGCAGUUCACAAGCCUCGUCGCGACGCGGAUGUGCACUUUGAGAUGACGGAUGACAAUGACGAGGAGGACGAUGGCCGCGUUAUCAGUUCCUAUGAGAACCGCGGCAAAGGCCUUUACGAGAACCGUCUCUUCAACGAGGAUGGUACCCCAAAGACCACCGCUGGAGAAAAGAAUAAGCCCGAAGCCCUCGGUGUGACUGGUAACAAUGUCAGUCGCAGCAAGGAUUUCGACCCUCACUGGGAGAUGGCCGACGAAUCCCCCGCGCCCACCAGCCGCAACACCCCCAAGCCUGUCGCUUUGGAUCGUGCCAGGGCUCUUCAAAUGAUGGAGUCAUCGUGGGAUAAUUACGAUCAGUCCCCUGAGCCUACUCGCCCUGCUACGUCUCUGCACAACCCAUCUCGUCACAACCAGCGUUCUUGGACUAUGGGUGACGAGUAA